CACACCCACCGUCCUAUCAUUGCUUUCCCCACUAGAAAUCCCCACUCUCCACAGCUCUCUCUCUCUCUCUCUACAAGCCACCUCUCUCUCUAGUUCAGCAAAACUGUCAUUUCUCUCCCUUAUUUUUCCUCCAAUCCUGCAUCAAUCAUGGCUGCUUUAGUGUAUAUUGUGAUGUUAUUUGUCCUCACUGGCCAUUCAAGUGCUAUUUAUUGCGUAUGCAAAGAUGGAGUUGGUGAUUCAGCACUUCAGAAGGCAUUGGACUAUGCCUGUGGAGCUGGAGCUGACUGCAGUCCAAUCCUCCAAAACGGUGCGUGUUACCAGCCCAACACCAUCAAAGAUCACUGCAGCUAUGCAGUCAACAGUUAUUUCCAGAGGAAGGGUCAAACUGCACAGAGCUGUGAUUUUUCUGGUGCUGCUUCUCAGAGCCAAACUGCUCCUAGUACCGCAAGUUCGACUUGUGUUUAUCCUGCAAGUACCAGCCAAGCAGGAACCGGCUCUACCACUACAAACUCAACCACAGGCACAACUCCAAGCACAGGCACAACUCCAAGCACCAGCACUGGCACCGGCAUCACAACUCCAGGCACUCCGGCAUCAGUGUUCGGACUAAGCCCCACCGGGAGUACCACAGGAAUCAGCAAUACCGACGGCGCGGCUACCUUGGGAGGUGCCAACCAGUUCUUUUUCUCUCUAGCCUCAGCUCUGUGCUUCACGGUGUUGUUACUGACCUGAAGAGCUUCGGGUGGUGGUGUAAUUGGUGGUAGGCAUGUAAUUUGCGGCAUUUGGGUGGGUGGUUGUGUAGGGAAACAUCUUCAGAGGCCAAAAAAAAAAAGCCCACUAGGGCUUUUAAUUUUUCUAGUUUCUGCGUUUUGUGUUUCCUUGCUCCAAUGUGAAAACAGCUGGGGAAUAUUCGAUUCCAUUUUGAGUGGUGCCGCUGGUGCUUGUUUAUUGGGGGUAGGAAUCUGAUCAUCUCCUUUUUAGAUUUUUCCUUUUGUAUAUGUACAAGAGACUAAUUUUUUUUAAUUUAUUGUCUCUUAAUUUCCGUCA